UGCUACCACAGAGUUCAUUGAUAACGCUGCCAGGGAGAGAAAUUCGUCGAUAAAAAAGCGGUUGUUAAUUAAAAUCAGAAAAUGAGCGUGUCUGUCACUCGUACAAUCCCUAAGAAAAAUGACACAAGGAGAGCUGUCAUGCGGGAGCGGGUUUAUGACCACUUGUACGAUCCAGUCUACACAGUGUCAUCAGAGAUAGACCAUGCCAGGUCCAACCUCAGGGCCUUUGCAUCUAAGGACCGAAUUAGGAGAGUGCCUGAGUUUGGGUCUAUGUUCAGUAACCUGCCCCACCACCCAGGGUACACUGUUCAGCUGGACCUUACAGACCCAGUGCCAGCCUCUAUUGAUCGCCGCUGGCGAGGCCACACGGAGCAGCGCAGAGAGGCACUGCAGCAGCUGGCUGGGGUUAUUCCAAAUGCUCAGUCAUGGCUGAAAAAGGAAGAGUGUCAUGUGACCGGAGCUGAUCGCUGGAAAUACUUUAAGCGUCCUCUGAUUCCCUCUGGACAGCAGCUUCUCCCAGGUGUGAUUUUUGCAUUGCCUCAAGAAGACUUUGUAUCCACUGGUGGACAGAAUGCUGAGCAACAGCCCACCCACUUCACUGUGGGGGUCCAGACAGACUAUAGAGAAAGUGAAGCACAAACAGACCCGUACAGCCCUGAGUAUGUGGUGCAACCUGGGACAUCUCCCUCAGAGCUCCUGCAGCUGGCAGCUUUGACUUGGGGUCGUGGUCUGCCUGCAGGCCUGGCAGAAGUGGAAAUGAUAGAGCGGGCACGAGCCAAACGAGCGUGGGAGGCCACUCUUCCUCCGUUGAAUGACCUGAGUCAGCUGGACAAAAGGAGACGUAUGAUGGAGGAGAUGGAGGUCAAAGAGUGGGCUUUCAGAGAGGGAGAAAUCCAGAAGUUGCAAGAUGUUCGUCUUGCUGUGCUGAAGGACCUUUUAAGGCGGAGAGAUGAGGCCCAGAAAGAAGUCACAAACGACCGACUCAACCAGAUAUAUUCUAAACUCCUAAAAGACAAAGAGACCAAGCAACAAAAGAUUCACAAUGACUACCUCCGGUCGCUGAGAAAACUGGAAGCUAAGAGGAGAAAUGUGGAGGGCAAGCGAGAGCAACCUGUCAAAAGCUAUGCAGAUUCUCGGCCAUAUGCCCCUGGGAGCCGCAGGGAUACAUUCACCCGCAACAAAGAGUUAAAAAACUACUACUUAGACACAAGUGAAGGUUUACUAAAGCUAGAGGCAGGACUUUCUAUGUCAGUCCUCAAGUCAAGCUACCAAAAAUCCAAAAUCAGCAUCAAGAAUGUGAUGAAGCCCCCUGAGAGCAGAGAGGUCGAACUAAUGGAGAAAUACAAGGCCCUGAGGGAGGCGGAGAGAGAGCAAGCGACCAAGAGAUCUUUGCGUUUUCUUGUCAAGAAAGAGAAGCCUGCUCCUCGUCCUGUCACCCCCAGAGUGGAGGAGCCACCAGAGGGGGAUGAAGAGAUGGAGCUUGCAGUCAUCCACUUGCAGAAACUACUGAGAGGACGAAGUAUCCAACAUGAGAUGUUUAAGGGCAAGGAGAACUAUCAGGAGCUCAUCCAGGAACUGAGGACUGUCCAUGCCCUGCAGAGUGAGGAGCAAGAGCUACAGAAAGCUGACAAAGACCUCAUCAUGACCCUUAAAAAACAGAGAGAUGAACAUACGCACAAGGCCUCUCAAGUAGAAGCAUCUCAGGCCGGAGUGGUUGGUUCAGAGCUCGAACUCCUGUUCGACACAUUGUCAAAGGAGCUGAUUCACCUCCAGGAAGAGCGCAGGAUCCACGCCUUUAUACUACUGGCUGAGAGAGACCGUCGUCAACGAGAGGCUGAGGAGAGCGGGAGGAGACAGAUAGAAGAGCGCAGACGCAAAGAAGAAGAUGAGAUCUUUAGACAAGUGGUGCAGGUUCACCAGGAAACUGUGGAUUUGUAUUUAGAGGACAUCAUCCUCGGGACCAUGGAACAGACAGCUGACCAGCAGGCCAGAGAGGAGAUCCGCAAGAAGGCAAAGGAGGUCAACGACAUUGCUUAUGCCAUGGAGGAAAGCCGGAACAAUCUUCAGUCGGAGGAGAUUGUGUCAGAGUUGGUGUACAGUUUCCUCAUCCCAGAGGUUGAGAAAAUCUCUGUCAGACAAAGAGUGCACCAGAGGCAGCGUAGACACUUGCAGGCAGCUCGGAGCAUCAUUCAGGGAACUGCAGAGCAUUCUGGGAUCCUUCCUAGUAAUCUCGGAGCCUCACAGCUGCCCUGUCCCUCUGAGAGAGCUGCCAACCAAGUCCUCAAUGAGAUCAGCGGAGUGGAGCAGGAGGUAGCACCACAUUCAAAAUGAGCGGAGGACUAAAAACACAAACAGUGUACUGAGAUGCAACCUGAUGUUAAAUUUAUUAUUGAUAUUAUUAAAGUGUAAGUUCAUCAUUGUGGGUAACUGGGUUAAUUAUAGGCUUUUGAUUAUUACUACUUACAUGUACUAUAGCUUGAUUGAACUAUAAGAAAUACAGUGCAUCUAUCAGUCUUUUGUUAUUGUUGACCACAAGAGGGCAGAAAAGCUCCAAACUAAACAGCCUGUUGUGACUUAAAUGGUUGUGAAUUCCUGUCAAAUUUGGGCCCAAACUACCAAUUUAGCUGUGAAUAUGUGUGAUAGAUUGCUUCCAUGUAUAAGCUGAUCAUAGAUAUAUAUUCAGUCAGCAAUGAAAUUCCAUUAAAAUAGACAUAGGGACAAAAGAAAUUAAUUUAUAAAAAGGUCAACACUAUGAUUGUAAAAUGUCCCAUAAAAGUUUUGUGAAAGAAGUUAAAAUGAAGGGUUAAAAACAUAUGCAAUUUAGAAAAACUCUUACCAUUUGCAGGUGUCAUAAAUGCAGCACAGUACAGACACAGGGCUGGAUUUUUCCAUCUGGCACCAACAACCAUGCUACGUUCAAAGUCACUUAAAUCACCUUUCUUCCCCAUUCUGAUGCUCGGUUUGAACUUCAGCAGGUUGUCUUGACCAUGUCUACAUGCCUAAAUGCAUUG